UUUGGGGCACUGCUCUGCAGAGACUAUAUCCUCUGAGGGAUUGCUGUGGGGAGGAUGUUAUCCAAGCUUCAGUGCUCUGCUAGGGAAGGAAGUGGAGGGAGGUCCCUGGAGAAGAGGGCAGAAAAAUAGAAAGCGGCCUGAAGCUGGGAUGCCCGACAUUUCUGUUGCAUAACUAACGUCCAUGAAACCAGAGGAGGUUCAACAGAGUAGGUUCAUGUUGUCACGGCUGGCUAGUAUGAUACUAUUAUCUGUUCACACAUAGCCAAAUAGGGAGGACUGUGUUAUUUCUCAACAAUUUCAUGUACAGGGAUACUAAUGGAUGGUCUACUGGAUUUUCCCUUAAUCGUUUUGGAAAGUGCUACCAACUCACUUCCUGCCUUUUGUCAUCCAGUCACAUCUACAGUGCAGCUUGCAGGUGAGGUGGUUUGAAUCAGCCACCACUGGGGUCUAGGAUGCCCCGACACAAGAAAACCAGGCUACUCUACUGGCCCACUUACAGACUGCUGUUUCUAAUACAAGUUUUGGACUGAAAGCUAGUCGGGGUGACGCGUUUUUAAUUUGCAAGACUUUUCUCAGAUUGCUACAGCUGGCCUGACCUCUGAAGUCCGAGUGCUGAAAACUUCAAACAGAACAUUCUGACACUGUGGACUUGGCUCAGAACAAGCUUGUCACUGAUUUUGAGGACCCAGUGUAUAUUUUUUCUAAGCUAAAGCAGUAAUAUUAUCAUCCAGCACUUUUUCUUUUCAAGCUUUUUUCCCCAGCCUUUUCUCUUUCUUUCAAGCCGCAUUUUAUUUCUCAACGCUUGCUACCAAAACAGUUCUACCUCUGCACUCACCCCUCUCCCAUUUAAAGACCAAUCAGACUGGAGCAGUUUAUAUCAGGGGAGAGGUUCUUCAGUUUAGCUGAGAUUUAUCUAUUGGGAUUUUUUUGAGAUUUUCACAGCACCAAAUCAUUGGAGAACUAAACUGUUGUUUUAAUAGAAAGGUCCAAAAAUAUUUUUGUUUUUUACAAUCAGACUGGCUUACAGUCAGCCAUCUUUGUUUAAACUGUACGCUUAUCAUUUUUGCCAAACCUUUGUUUGUUUGUUUGUCGAGAACAAGCUGUUCUGCUCAUUCCAGUCUGAUUGUAUUGGGACCUUCCAAGAAAGGAAACCUUUAGGAAUGAACAGAGUAGAACUUUAGUGGAUUUGCCUGCCACACAUAGUGGUUCAAACACCUUCCUCUUUACAUUCAGUGGCUUAUUUGUUUAGCCUGUCUUCCCAUCUGUUUUUCUGGCAGACAGGGAAACGAGGCUUUUACAGCACAGAGACCUAUAAGCUUCUUUUAAUGUCUCAUAUGUAGUUGAUCAGGAUUGACCUACGAACCUGAGAAAACAAGCAUUCACCCCCCACCCCCCAUCUGACUGGCGAUGCAGUAAAGCAUUUUCUCGUUUCCAUCUCCGAGUGGAAACCUUCCUCAACUCUUCCAUCAGUUCUCUCUCUUUUUUAGUCUCCUUGUGCUUUCCUUCAUUUCAGUCCCUGCACACCAAACACUCUGUGUACACCUAAGGGAACAUUUAACACUGAAUGACAAAUUACUUUGCUAAGCAGUUAGUGGACACACACAUCACCACUGACAGGAAGUGAUGCCAGGUAGUAGUAGCAAGAGCGGAGGACGGGGUCCAUCCUCGUCACCCCUCCCUCAUGCUGUAGUCCCGCCCAACAGACCCCUACGACCCUCACGCUACGUUCCUGUGUCGGCAGCAACUUUCUUCCUUGUGGGCUCCACCACGCUCUUCUUCUGUUUCACGUGUCCGUGGCUUUCAGAGCGUUUCUCAGUGGCUGUGCCCAUCUACAAUGGAGUCAUCUUCCUAUUUGUUUUGGCUAACUUCUGCAUGGCCACGUUCAUGGACCCCGGCAUCUUCCCCAGAGCCGAGGAGGACGAGGACAAAGAAGAUGAUUUUCGUGCUCCCCUCUACAAGACGGUGGAGAUCAGGGGGAUCCAAGUCAGGAUGAAAUGGUGUUCGACCUGCCGCUUUUACAGGCCACCACGCUGCUCCCACUGUUCUGUCUGCGACAACUGUGUUGAGGACUUCGACCAUCAUUGUCCGUGGGUGAACAACUGCAUCGGCAGGAGAAACUACCGCUACUUCUUUCUCUUUCUCCUAUCUCUGACAGCCCACAUCAUGGCCGUGUUUGGCUUUGGGCUGCUCUUCAUUCUCUACCAUCGGCAGAACAUUGACCGCCUGCAUGCCAUUGUCACGCUGGCUGUAAUGUGUGUUGCAGGCCUGUUCUUCAUCCCUGUUGCUGGCCUCACUGGCUUCCACAUAGUGCUCGUGGCCAGAGGCAGGACCACCAAUGAACAAGUAACAGGGAAGUUCAGAGGAGGCGUUAACCCUUUCACCAAUGGCUGUUGGAGGAAUGUGUCUCAUGUCCUCUGCAGCUCACAGGCACCCAGGUAUCUGGGCAGGAAGAAGUGUGUGCAGAGUGUGAGUCUGCAGCCUCCUUUUCUGCGGCCACAGCUGACAGAGGCCCAGCUGGCUGCAAAGAUUCUGGACAAUGGCAUACAGGGAGACCUGCACAGGUCCAAAUCCAGUCUGGAAAUGAUGGAGAGCCAGUCUUGUGAUGCUGAGCCGCCUCCUCCUCCUAAACCAGAGCUCCGCUAUCCUGGAAUAACCAGAGGAAACACAGAGGAGUGCAGUCUGCUGAACAAGGCCCCUCCCACUCCCACCAUGUACAAAUACAGGCCCACCUAUAGCCCCAGCAAGAACCACACAGCACUCACACAUGCUUAUGCCAACCAGUUAAGUCGAGGGGAGAGCGUUGGCAGUGCCAGGGACUCCUCCUCCUCCACCUCUUCCCUUCUCCAGGCUAGCCAGCAGCCUGGAUUCCGCUCACAGCCCAGCCUGGACCGAAGAGAAACAUCGUCCGAAGGAGUGGGAGCAGGAGGAGGGGAGAGGAGGGAGGGAGGAAGAGAGGGGGGAGGAGGAGGGGGCAUCCCUGGCUAUUCCCUUGGCGGGCGCUCCUACCCCUCUUUCUCCGAUCCCACCGUCCUGUCAGGAGUGGCGUCGCGAUCUUCCAGCUCCACACACACUUCAGCAGGCACCGUGCACGUCUCAGAGGCCACCACCACUUCUGCCAGCUUCAAGAGUUUAGCCAAUCAGACACCCCCGCCCCACCACCCGUCUCACAACGGGAGCCUGUCUUACGACAGCUUACUGGCAGGUGGUGAUGAAUUUGGCAAAGGGGUGGGGGUGAGCUCAGCAGCCCCUGAGGUUUCCACUGGGAGACCCUGCACACCAGCAGCAGGUGGUGGCUACAGCUCUCCCUUCCUGUCGUCACAACAGAGAGAGGCUGAGAUGCAGUCCCAGUCCUCUCAGUCACCCCAUCAUCACCACCGUUCCUCCCACCAUCACCACCCCUUCCUCCAUCGCUCCUCAUCCUCCACAUCCUCCUCCCCACCACCACCCCCAGAGAGGGAGCGCCUUCUAGGUGAGCCCCACCCUGGUGCCCCACCCACCACCGGUCAAACGUCUGGUGUUCCUUCCUCCUCAGCCCCACCUCCCCCACACCACCAUCACCACCACCAUCACCACCACCACCAUUCCCAUCAUCAUCAUCAUCACUCCUCUUCCUCCACCUCUCGCCCUCCCCGCUUUGCUGCCCCUCAUGCAGUGCCCCACCACGCCUACCCCUAUCGUACCCGCUCAACUGACACACCUCUGGGCUCCUCCUCCACCACGCACCCUCCCCGCUCUCCACACCCCCCACCUCUCGGCAAGUCGCUCUCUUAUUCAAGUGCUGCUGCCGCUGAAAUGCAGUACCGGCUGGUCCGCAAGGCCUCAGCGUCGGCUGGAGCAAAUGCAGCGGGGGUAGGAGGAGGAGGUGGAGGAGGAAGUGGAGGGAUGGGAGGAGGAGGAAUCCAAGUGCCGAAGGAUGAGCUGAUACAGAUGAAACCUCUGAGUCGGACUAAUAGAGGUCAGCCCUUCUCUUCCACUUCCUCCUGCUCCGCCCCUUCCUCUCCCUCUCAUCCAGUCAACACGUCCAUCCCACCCCAAACAGCCUAUCCCAGCCCAGCAUUGAUGCUGAGUCCUGCCCACAAGCCCCAAGGCAGUGGGGUGAAGAAGGUGACAGGUGUCGGGGGCACCACCUAUGAGAUUUCUGUCUGAGUGGCAGCCAGUCUCCACCAGUAAGAUAAAGGGGACAAAACGCUGAGGAAGAAAUUACCCAACAGCUGCCUGCUGUAGGCAUUGGACAUCUGGACCAUACUCCUCAUUGCAAACUGGCAGGAAAGACUUGGACUAAUGUGAGGCCGGACUUGUACUGUAGGCUCUGGGAACGAAAAGUCUAUAUUUCUUGGUCUAAACAGGACCCAUGUUGUUCACUUCUGCUUUGGUCCAGCUGUUGCAUCUUACAAGUAUAGCAGCAAAAAGGCAUUACCACUGCCAGGGAGAGGGGCUGGACUCGAGCUGUGUUUAGCUAACGUUUGGUGACAUCACCAUUUUCAUGCUUGUAUUUAAAUCAUUGAUGAAACUGUGGAACCCAAUCAAAGCAGAAUCCAUUUAAAGUGAAGGGCUUCCCAUAAGACAACUAAAUAUGUGAUGAGUCAUAUCAAGGGCAGUGUGAGGUCUGACCCCUGCUGUCAAGUUCAACCUGCUUUUAACAACAGCGUCCACCGAGUAGAGCGUCAUUGGAUGGCACUGGACACAGGUGGUGAAGUCCAGGAGCCAGGUGUACACAACACAGUCAGGUCAGAGGUCAGCCAUCAAAGGGGAACUGUUAGAGGACCUGUAACAGUCUGCCAGCAGCCACAACGAAGGUGAGCGUGAACUCGAAUGCUGCUCCUGCCGUGACGGCAUUUCUGAUGGAGGAAAGAAAAUGUAACAUUUUAAUGGAGAGGAAAAACUAGCAGACUCCCUGUUUAUUUGAUUCCUUUGUUGAUUUCUUCCUAGAUGUGAAUAUGAUUCCAUGUUUGUACAGGAUGAUGUGAUUUUUAAAUGUGGUUUCCUGUUUUGUUUUUUGUUGUUUGUUUUUUAUAAAAAGUGGACUGCAGCAUGCACUAUUUCAAUAAGCCACUGUAGGACAGCCUGUCUGGCUGCAGAAACAUGGGUUAUUCCAUCUCAAAUGAUCAAAGUUGGAGAACAUUUCUGCUCAGCCACCAAUUUCACAAUAAUGCUAAACAAAACAUGUAGAAUACUUUUUAACAUAAAAUUCUUAGUCACAAAAAUGAAGACAAUGCUGUUUUCAUUUAGUUUUCAUAUUUGCUCGAUGCAAAUAUUGUACCAGAAAAGCAUCAGUUGAUAGUCAAAUCCAGAUAGGAGAAAAUUCUGGAGUUUGCAGAUGGUAACUGAGAAAAGAGUUUUCUUAAAUAUAUGCAUAGUUUUCAUUUUCACAAACUACUUUGUAGGCGUGCCCGUUGGCCUGGAGUCUCAGUUCAAGUUGUUUAAAAAUGCUACCAAUGUAAAAUUUUUCUUGCAUACAAAUAAAUACAGCAAAAACAAGAUUAAUGACAACAGGCUGAGUAUCCUUGCAAGGCCAAGUUGCCAUGUCCGCAUGGCAUGAUGUUUGAUGCAAGACCCUAACCCUGGUGAGGCUUGACCCAAAUUACAGAUCCUGGUUCAUUUUUAUGGUAAGAAAGGCCAGUGAAAAUUUCAAGCUUAUACCUUCAAUAGUUUUUGAAAUAUUCAAGUUCAAAUGUGGCCUCAAUUCAAAGUGAGAAAAAAAACCUGCUGGAAGUGGGUCAAGGGACCAUUUUUUCAAAAAAUAUGUAUCUUGAAAAGUAUUUGAUAUGAGGCUAAAAUUUCACAGUAGGCAUUGUGCGUAUCUAAACUUCAGAAGGUAAAAUUCUCAUGCAAAUCAUAGAUGGCUGUGCAGAAGGCCCACGAUGAUUUGAGGUGGAAUGACACACAUCGUCUGAACAAACUAAAGAGAGUCUGGAAACUGCAUUUUGACCUUUUGAGGCAGAAUUUUGUGAAAAAUGAAUUCCUUGAACAAAUGCCUUGAAAAUGUAAGUGGUGUCCCUUUUUUUAUUUUGCCUAUUUAAAUUGACAUUGUUUUUAUAUGAAUUUCUAUGGAAAUCUAGCUAUUGAUAAAUAUUGAAGAGUUUUUAAUAUUGACCCAGAAGAGAGGUUGUGUUUGCUAUUGUGUCAGUUUGAGCCUCUGGAUAAAACCAUUAAAGGAGCCCCUCUGAUUCA